AUGGUGCACGCCAUCCCCCUCCCCCUCGGCUCGCUCUUCUCGCGCAACCGCUUCGACCCGCGGGACUACGAGCGCACGCCUCUGCUCGAGAAGCUCGAGAACAAGCUAGAAGACAAGCUCGAGCGCCUGCGGCCAGAGCAGCAGCGUCUGCGGCGGAAAGCCGUGGUAGCAAAGUUGUGGAUCAUCGAGCGUCUCCAGAGGGCAAAGAACUCGUCCCACGCCGCUCGCGAACGUAUCCGCGAGGCCAGCGGAGGGUUCGCAGACCACCUCAUGUCCGGCUCUCACACCCAGCCCGACAACACCGACUUCAUGCCGACGCGUCCCGAGACGAGGCGCAAGGGCCACGGCAGAGACGACAGCGAGACAGCCGCGAACGAGUGGUGUCUCGGCGCCGAGUUCACGGACACGUACGCGACGUUCCCGCGCCGGCGACUCCGCUCCAACCGCCUGGGGCGAGUGCGAUCGCUCAGCGGGGCGAGCACGGGCAGCGCCGAAUCAAACAUCUGGCAGUAUCGCCCGUACUCGCCCGAAGCGUGGUCGUUCCCGGAGCGGCCCGUGUUCAGUGACGAAAGCCGGGGUCGUGCGCUGUCCACGGGCGAGCGACGGUCCAUUGGUGCCUCGGUGGGAGAGAGCAAGUGGUGCCCACACGACGCUCGCGGACGCAACUCGUUGCACGCCGAGGGCAGUGGCAUCACAGCAGCCAGCCUCAGAGAGGCGCUGUACGGCGCCCCAUGCGCCCGGACGCUGUCGAUGUCGCCCACCUCGCCGCUUGAGCCGCUGGUCGAGCUGGCCGAACUUGCCGAGGUCGACCUCACGGACGCGAGUGACGCCAGCUCGGAGACCGAGAUCCGCACGCCAGCAUCGACGCCUCCGAACUCGGACGGGUAUCUCUCCGAUCCGGCACUGAGCCCCACCAGCCCUUCCAGCUCGACCCUGUCAGACCCAUCCAACCCGUACGCCCUCUCGCCCAAGCAGCGCCGCGCACCUCCUCUUCCACCCCGCCCCUCACGCCUACAGCUCGCCGCCAUCGACACAGCAGUGAUGCCUACCUUGUCUACGCCCUCGGCGCCAUCAACGCCGACAACUGCCGAGAACUUGACGCCGCCCCCGGCGCUGAUUCCUCGGCCCUCGCUGGCGUCGCUCAACUCCGUGAACCUGAGCAGCUCGUUCCCGCUUUCAGACCGUGAGGAGUUUGACGAUGUGCUGAUUUGGUCAGACGGGGAAGGCGAGCACACCCGCUCGCGCCGGCGCUCGGGUGCGCAGAAGCGAGUCCGAUUCGCUGCCGCACCGGGCGUGAUGGAGCAGCACUGCAACGUGUACUCGACGAGCAGCAGCAGUGUAAACCUCGCCGCGCAGCGGAGCACGAGCAGCACGAGCGUCAACCUGCUGUCAGGAGUUAGGGCCAGUUAG